AUGUCCUUGGCGCUCGUAGAAAAGCCUGCUAGUAGCGCCAAUGGAGGGAGUUCGUGGUUUCUGUCGGGCCACCAAAAGGUGGUGUUAGGUAUUGCCACAGACGGCUGUGGCGUUUUUGCUUCAUGCGAUGUGGGGGGCCUCGGGCUGUUAUGGAGGAGUGAUGUCGCUUCCAAUGGUGGCGGUCCAACGCAUGUCAGUAGAAUCGCCACGGAGGGCCCUGCGAUUGUGGAUGCAUGCUUUUUGCGUCACACCCGCCUUUGCACGGCUCAGGGCGAUGGCACAGUCGGCGUGUGGAAUGUUGAGACGGCGCAACGAGAACAUUCAUUCUGUCGAUUCUCUGGCCGUGGAAGAUCUAUAAACUGGCCGGUGAUCAAUGCAGUGACGGCGGUGAAUGAUGCAUCCGUUGUUUUUGGAGGGGAUGACGGUUUUUUGGUGUUAUCUGAUCCUAAGCAAAAAAAGAAUCUUGCAACAAUUAAUCUGCGGGUACCAAUCACGUCGCUUGCGGCUUCGAGUGACUCAUUUUUUGUUGGUGACGUGUUAGGGAAUAUUCGCUGCUUUGAUGCUCGCAUGAUGAGAAGCCUUUACGGGUUUAAGGCCCACCGUGACGUUGUGAGUUGCGUGGCCCUCAACGCGGGUGCCACCGGCAUGGUCUCCUACGGUCUUGACGGCUCGCUUAUUUUGUGGGACGUCAUGCCUUUUGCGCUCAGAACCAGCGACCGUUUGCUUCACCGCAUCGAGGUGCAGCAGGGCGACUCACGGGACCUUCUGCGCUGUGGCUGGUCCAAGCAUGACACAAUUAUAGUGCCCGCCAGUGGCGGGCACGUUGAGUGUGUCACCGUGGCGGCAUUUGAGGGAGCCAGGGCGACACUUCCCGUGCGCCACCGCGAGGACUCUGUGCAGUGUGCCGUCUUCGUUGACGAUGCUGUCGCCGUUAGCUCCGCCGGCGCGGAGGUGCUACUGCAGCGUGCGUAA